UGCGAGGUUCCUUCAAUAAGAGAGACCAGUCCGGCUCCGAGAGUCAUGGCGACCGCAGCGUCUAACCACUACAGCAUCCUCACCUCCAGCGCAUCCAUCGUGCACUCGGAGCCCGGCAGCAUGCAGCAAGCCACGGCGUACCGGGACGCGCAGAGCCUGUUGCAGAGCGACUACCCGCUGCAGAGCAACAGCCACACGCUCAGCCACGCACACCAGUGGAUAACAGCGCUGUCCCACGGAGACACAGCCCCGUGGUCCUCCAGCCCGCUCGGCGCGGAGCAAGACAUCAAACCCGCGGUGCAGAGCGCCCGGGACGAGAUGCACAACUCCAGCAACAACCUGCAGCACCAGUCCCGGCCACCUCACCUGGUGCACCAGACGCACGUGAACCACCACGACGGCCGGGCGUGGAGAACCACCACCGCGGCGCACAUACCGAGCAUGGCCACGACGAACGGCCAAAGCCUUAUUUACUCCCAGCCGGGCUUCGGCGUCAACGGGCUGCUCCCGGGCAGCGCACAGGGGAUGCACCACCACAACCUAAGAGACACUCACGAGGAGCACCACAGCCCGCACCUCAGCGACCACGGACACCCUGCGUCCCAGCAUCAGCACCAGCACCGAUCGCAGAGCCACCACGACCACUCGGACGAGGAUACGCCGACCUCGGACGACUUGGAGCAGUUUGCCAAGCAGUUCAAGCAGCGGAGGAUCAAGCUGGGCUUCACGCAGGCGGACGUGGGACUCGCCCUGGGGACCCUGUACGGAAAUGUGUUUUCCCAAACCACCAUAUGCAGGUUUGAGGCCCUGCAGCUCAGCUUCAAAAACAUGUGCAAGCUGAAGCCUCUGUUGAACAAGUGGUUGGAGGAGGCGGACUCCACCUCGGGCAGCCCGACCAGCCUGGACAAAAUCGCGGCGCAGGGGAGGAAAAGGAAAAAACGGACUUCUAUCGAGGUAAGCGUAAAGGGAGCUUUGGAGAGCCAUUUUUUGAAGUCCCCUAAACCGGCAGCUUCGGAAAUAUUGGGUCUCGCGGACAGUCUGCAACUGGAGAAAGAAGUGGUCAGGGUUUGGUUUUGUAACAGGAGACAGAAGGAGAAACGCAUGACCCCUCCCGGAGCUCUGCCGGGGAGCGAGGAUGUGUACGGGGACACGCCGCCGCACCACGGGGUCCAGACCCCGGUCCAAUGAACUCUGCUGGACCGCUCCUCCAGGACAUGUUUACCCUUUUUAUUUAUCCCCAAUGUUAUAUAUAAAUCACUGAACUAUGAGACUCUAUAGUGGGUGUUUUAUGUAUAAUAGAUUGCAGUGACAAUAUCUGCAGUGAAUAUCUGGGAAAUAAGUGAGGGGAGGACAGGACGUUUUCUUUUUCUUCCUGCAGAGCUAAAGGAACAUAAGCCUGUGUUCUGUUCUCCGAGGAUACAUGCCCAGCACUGUGACUCCAGUCGACGCAGUUUCAAGGUGUAGCCCCUAUUGUGUAUUGAAAUUAUACUAUACGACGAAAAAAAAGAGGGAGGGGAGGAGGGAUACCUGGUUUUAGACGAAAAGCAUAGCUGAAUGGUUUCCAUUUUUUAUAUAUCAAAUCACACAACAACACUGUUUUUUUUUCCUGUGCGUAAAAGGGAAAGCAAAUACAAAGGCGUUUAGUUUUCUUGCUCUAAAUUGUUGCGUCCAGCAGUGAUGGGGAUGUGUGUGGGUGGUGCAGGAGGGGGGUCAAAGGAGCUGCGUUAAUGGAGUAAACUGGAGGCCAGUAAAGGCUGCAGCCCCAGUCCAGUGGAGUCCAGCUGGGGGUGAGCAUCGCCUGAGUCCCAUCUGUCAGCCAGGCACCAGCACA